CCCUUGUCCGGCCACCCCCACUGCCCAGUCCCGCUCCCGGCCGCGGCGGCCGCAGCAGCCGCAGCAGCAGCGGCCCCAGGAUGGUGAGCGCCGCUGACCCCCAGCCUUGGCCUGUCGCCCCCGGCCCGCGCUCCCGCCCCGGUCCCUGGGCCGGACGCCCCCCGAGGCCGCGCACACUCACCUAGGACCCGGCCGGGAUGCCGAGCUCUGUCGAAGAUGCAUUGGACACCGGAGCACGCCCAGCCCCUCAACCAGUGGCCAGAGCAGCAUCUAGACGUGUCCUCCACGACCCCAUCGCCGGCCCACAAGUUGGAGCUGCCUCCAGGGGGUCGCCAGCGCUGCCACUACGCUUGGGCACACGACGACAUCUCCGCCCUCACAGCCUCCAACCUCCUCAAGCGCUACGCCGAGAAGUACUCCGGAGUCCUGGACUCGCCUUACGAGCGUCCGGGCCUGGGCAGCUACGGUGACGCCGCCUUCCUCAACGGUGCUAAAGGGGACCCGGAGCCCUGGCCUGGGCCGGAGCCACCUUACCCCUUGGCCUCACUCCACGAAGGCCUCCCGGGAGCCAAGCCGGCCGGCGGGGGUGGGUCCGCGGGCCUCGGGGGCUCCCCUGUAGUAGCCGGGAACCUGGCGGAGCCGCUGUACACGGGCAACGCGUGCGGGGGCCCGCCGGCGGCCACCGAGUACGCGGCGGGCUACGGAGGCGGGUACCUGGCGCCCGGCUACUGCGCGCAGACGAGCGCCACGCUGGCUCCGCCGCCCCCGGCUGCGCUCCUGCAGCCCGCGCCGCCGCCCGGCUACGGGCCCUCGGCGCCGCUCUACAACUACCCGGCGGCCGGCUACGCGGCGCAGCCCGGCUACGGUGCGCUCCCGCCGCCCGCCGCGCCCCCCGCGCCCUACCUGCCUUCUGGCCUGGCGGCGCCCACCCCCCUGCCCGCACCCGCGCCGCCCCGGCCGGCGCCCUACGGCUUCCCCGGGGCCGCCGAGGGCGUGUCCCUGAAGCGCAAGGCGGUGGACGAGGGCGCGGAGGCUCGCUACCGCAAGUACGCUUACGAGCCGCCCAAGGCCCCCGCGGCCGACGGCGCAGCUUACCCCGCCGCGGACGACGCCGAGUGUCGGGGCAACGGGUUCCGCGCGAAGCCACCCGGAGCUACGGAGGAGGGCGCGGGCAAGUAUGGCGGCGGCGGCCCUCUCAAGAUCCUGGGCUCCCCCGCCUACGCCCCGCAACUCGAGCCCUUUGACAAGUUCACCGAGCGGGUCCCCGCCGCCCGCGGAGGCUUCACGGCGACGUCGGGGGAGCCUACCAAGGGUGUGGACCCGGGGACGCUGGAGCUGGUGACCAGCAAGAUGGUGGACUGCGGGCCCCCGGUGCAGUGGGCAGACGUGGCGGGCCAGGGCGCGCUCAAGGCGGCGCUGGAGGAGGAGCUGCUGUGGCCCUUGCUGAGACCUCCCGCCUGUCCCGGCAGCGCGCGCCCGCCGCGGACCGUGCUGCUCUUCGGGCCCCGCGGCUCCGGCAAAGUGCUGCUGGGCCGCUGCCUCGCCACCCAGCUGGGUGCCACGCUGCUGCGCCUGCGCGGAGCCGGCCUGGCUGCCGCGGGCGCCGUCGAGGGAGCGCGCCUCCUGCAGGCCGCCUUUGCGGCUGCGCGCUGCCGCCCGCCCGCCGUGCUGCUCAUCAGCGAGCUGGACGCGCUGCUGCCCGCUCGAGACGACGGUGCCUCCCUGCGGGCGCCUCUGCUGGCCUGCCUGGACGGCGGCUGCGGCGCGCGCCCCGACGGCGUGCUGGUGGUGGGUACCACCUCGCGGCCGGCCGCCCUGGACGAGGCGACUCGCCGGCGUUUCGCGCUGCGCUUCUACGUGGCGCUGCCCGACGGUGCGGCGCGCGGGCAGAUCCUUCAGAGGGCGCUGGCUCAGCAGGGCUGUGCGCUGAGCGAGCGGGAGCUGGCCGCCCUGGUGCAGGGCACCCAGGGCUUCUCUGGGGACGAGCUGGGGCAGCUGUGCCAGCAGGCAGCGGCCGAGGCCGGGCUCUCCGGACUGCAGCGACCCCUCUCCUACAAAGACGUGGAGGCUGCUUUAGCUAAGGUGGGCCCUCGGGCUCUCUCCAAGGAGCUGGAUUCGUUAGUUGAGUGGGACAAAAUGUAUGGCUCCGGACACUGAGGGCGGCAGGAGAGGGCAGCUCCGCU